AUGGGCAUUCAGAUGGAAGACUUACGGGAGCUCAUUCUUUGUGUUGAGGGGCCCUCGCUGGGCCAGCCUGGAGAAUUUGACCAGCUGAAGAUCAAUCAAGAUUCAGUAUCAUCAAGAUGCAAUUCCACCGGGAAAAGAGGAGGUUGAAGUUGUUUGCCUUGUUGCCUUGAUCAACCUCGCUCGUCAAGUCCGAAAUGGUGUUAACAAUUCGCUUGCUGCAGCAGCUAGGUUGACUCGCAAUGGCUUUGUCUUGGCAUAUGGAGGUGAGCAGGAGCCGGGGCGAGUGGCAGCUCAAGGCUCUAAGGCCAAUAUUGAGGCCACAAGGCUACCUACCAAUCGCGGGAAAAUAUGA